AAGAGGCAAGGUCUUUGUUAACGGCUGCAACUCAGCUGUUUCUGGAGAAAAAUUACCAGAACACACUGGCAAGUCCUGGCUGUGUGGGCCAAGACAAAAAGAAUUCCACAUUCUGGAAAAGUCUGCUGCUUCGCAUUUCGUCCUGGGGAUCUUUCUGCACAGAGACAACUUUUCAGGCUAAGGUACCUGCCAAGAUGCUCCACUUGCAGAGUCCCCAGAUGCUGCUGAGGCUAGAGAAAUGCUUGAGGAAGAGCCUCCCUGAGUCCUUAAAGGUUUAUGGCACCGUCUUCCACAUGAACCAGGGAAACCCCUUCAAGCUAAAGGCCUUGGUGGACAAGUGGCCUGAUUUUAAUACAGUGGUUAUUCGCCCUCAGGAGCAGGAGAUGACAGAUGAACUCGAUCACUACACCAAUACUUAUCAAGUCUACUCCAAGGACCCUAAGAAAUGUCAAGAAUUCCUUGGCUUACCAGAAGUCAUCAACUGGAAACAACACUUGCAGAUUCAAAGUACGCAGUCCAGCCUGGAUGAUGUGAUAAAAAAUCUUGCAGCUCUUAAACUGGGUAAAGUGAAGCAAACACAAUGCUUACUCUAUAUGGUCUCUGAGUUAGGAAAGAAAAUGGCCAAUUCCCUGCUGGAUGCAAAGAACCCAUCGCCCAAUGAUAACAAAUUCAAGUCCAUCCAUCAAAAGAUACUGCAACUGUCAUCCCUGGAUCCUUCCCACGCUGCUUUGGUGAAUACAUUCUGGUAUUUUGGUGGCAAUGAGAGGAGCCAGAGAUUCAUCGAGCGCUGUAUCCAGACCUUCCCCAACUGGUGCCUGCUGGGGCCUGAGGGGACCCCCGUGUCCUGGGUCCUGAUGGACCAGACAGGAGAGAUGCGGAUGGCAGGCACCACGCCCAAGUACCGGGGGCAGGGCCUCAUCACCUACCUCAGCUGCAUCCAGACCCAGGCUCUGAACAAACUCGGCUUCCCCAUGUAUUCCCACGUGGACAGGGCUAAUCACGUCAUGCAAAAAUUGGCCUUGAACAUGAAGAAUAUCCGCAUGCCCUGUGAUUGGAACCAGUGGAACUUUUUGCCUUGAACGGAAGGCAAUGUGAGUAGAUGGGGCGUGUGGCUAAUGGGCGAGCAGAGAGAAAGAAUAAACUGUAAUCAGUGGUAGUGAAGUGGUCCGAGCUCUGGGAAAGUGGUGAUGGGUGGUGGACAGGACAGCCUCAGUCUAUGCUCACAUGCCUCCCAGAAUUCCCUUCAUUUCCUCAGUACCAAACAGACCACGUGCACCUGCACUCUGGCUGGUACAGUGCUCAUACUUCCCAGAUCCUUGCCACGCUUUAAAAUGAGUUUCAUGCUUUUCUACAUUGUUCUUCUUGGAACUCCCAGCUCACCGACCCUUUCCAAUUUGCCAGAAGGGUUGCAAUAUUUUGUAGGUCGUAUGAUUCCUCCCCAACCCCCCCCAACCCCCGCUCUGUGUUCCUGGUUUUUUUUUUUUAAUUGAUGGAAGGGUAACCCAUCUUCUGAGUAGGUUUUUGCAAGACAGCCUUAUCUAAGUCACUUCUUAAUUCUUGUAAUUAUGUGAACUAUAUUAUGUAUAAAUAUUAUUAAAUAAAGCACUGAGAGAACCAAAA